UCCCCCGUAAUUUUAUACAUUGUUUAUAUUUUUUACGUAUAUUUAAUAUAUUUAAGUACAAUUUGCGGAUUUUAGAAAUGAAUAUGUAAUUAAAAUAUAAUUAUUUUAUCUCAUUUUGAAUACUUUAAUGACUUACGAAAUCAAAAUGUAUUUUCGAAUUUUACGUUAAAACGAAUUCGAAUUACGAAAAUCGAUUAAAUUUAGAAAACGAUCCUAUCCGAUUUUGGAUUCGAAUCCUAAAACUAAAUUCCUAAGUCUAGCCCAAUUGAAUAAAGCCCAAUAUUAUAAACCCAUAACCCCAUACUUCUACUCCAUGUAAAACACAAAACACAAAACACCAAACCCCUCUAUUCCUACUUCACGUAAAAACCAAAAAGGGCAAAACCCAUCUCUCUCCUUUCCUGCUUCCUCUUCCUCCCUCUGCCCAGCCGCCGACCACCACGAGCACGCCACCAAGGCCGCCAGACCACCUCGCCGCCACGUCGCUGACCACCAGCUCUCACCACCACCUUGCUCGCGCAGCCCCCGCGUCGCCACCCAGCCUGCGCCGCCGCUGCCUUGUCCCUGCUCGCCGCCACCGCAAGUAGCACCACCGUGUGCCGCCGUCUCUCAGCCCUGCCGCAAGCCACCUCUGUCCGCCAGCCAACUCUCUCUCCUCCUUCUUGAAUUGGCGGAGAAUUCUCUUUAGGCGACUUUUGAAAGUGUUAAAGUGGCCUAUCAGUUUGUUUACACAAGGUCGCGUUCUAGGAUGACCAACAGUAAUGACCUAGCUGCUGUCUUUCGCCUCUUGGCGGAAAAACUAGCCCAGGAAAGAACUGAGCGCCCCAAUUCUGCAGGAGACAUGUUUGAAAGGCUUGCGAAAGUUAAGCCACCAUACUUCAAGGGGCAAGCAGACCCGACCUUCCUAGAAAACUGGAUUAGGGAGUUUGAAAAACUAUUUUGGGUGGUAAACUGUCCUGAAAAUAUGAAAAUAGGUCAAGCUGUCCUUUACCUAAAAGAUGAGGCCGAUCUAUGGUGGAAAGAGAAUGGAACUAGGCUAAGUGUUGUUGAAGGAUUUAAUUGGGACUCAUUUGUUGUUGCAUUGAGGGAAAAGUUUUAUCCUCCUUUCAUAACAAAACGAAAAGCGCAAGAAUUCAUAAACCUUGGGAUGGGGAGUAUGACUAUCGCUGAAUACUAUAGUAAGUUUAUAACUUUGUCGAGGUUUGCACCUGAGGUGGUAGCUACUGAGGAGCUAAAGGCUCAGAGGUUUGAGCAAGGGUUGACCGAUGAGAUUCAGUUGGGAUUAGAUGGAGAAACCUUUACAUCCCUAGAUAAUGUGCGUGAGAAAACCACCCAUAUUUAUGAAUUGCAGUCUAGAAGGGACAAGAAAAAUGUGGUUGGGGAGAAAAGAAAAGAGUUUAAUGCUGGGAAAAACCAAGGGAAUUUCAAGAAAAGUACGAAAGUGAACAGGAAUGAGGGUGGAAAUGGAAAUUUUCAACAGAGGAACAAUCAGGGGCACAACAAUAGCAACCAAUCUGAGAGAGUGCAUCACUGUAAGAGAUGCAACAACAACCAUCCUGGUAAAAACUGCAAGGGAGAAUUAGUGACAUGCAACUAUUGUCAGAAAAGGGGCCAUAGGGAGUAUGAGUGCUUCACCAAGCAGAAAAAGGAACAAAAUGGUAAUGGAAGUGAAAAUCAAGUGAGGUUUAACCAGUCUGGAAGACAAGAUUCAAAGCCUGGAGGGGCACAAAACAAUCAAGGAAACUAUAAUAAGCCCGCAAAUGAUAACAACAACCAGAAUAAGACUCCGGGCAAACCGUUCUUGAUGUCUAGAAAUGAAGCUGAAUAUUCUGCAGACGUAGUUCAUGGUACUUUUUCUAUUAACUCUGUGCUAGUUAAAACAUUAUGUGAUUCGGGAGCAACUUAUUCUUUUGUUUCGUCAUCUGUUGUUAAGAGUCUGAAUUUGGUAGAUUUUGAGUAAUUGAUUUACCUGUUAGUAUACCUACUAGUGUAACCAUAAGGUGUACCAAGUUGUUUAAGAAUCCGCCUUUUAAGAUAAAAGAUUGCGUUUUCUUUCCGAUUUGAUAGAGUUUAAUCUGGGAAACCUAUAUGUAAUUUUGGGGAUGGAUUGGCUAAGUUUGUUCAGGGCCAAGUUAGAGUUUGUAAUUCAGAAACUAAGUAUAAGGAACCCUAUUGGAAAUUUGACCUCAUAUAAACGUUUUGGGAAGACCAAGAACCUUGGGGUUAUUUCUGCAAUGCAAGUGAGGAAAUUGAUGAUAAGGAGUGUGAACUAUUUUUCUGUAGGAGCUAGAUGUGAGUUAAGAAGUCGGAAUGAAGAUCGAGGAUGUUCCAACUGUGAAUGAAUUCAUGGAUGUGUUUCCUAGUGAGAUUGCAGGUAUGCCACUUGCUAAGAGCCGUUGAGUCCCCUAUAGACUUAGUUCCUAGAAUGACGCAUAUAUCUAGAGCACCAUAUAGAAUGACACCUCCUGAAAUGAGCUAAUUAAGAAAAAGUUGCAAGAGUUGUUUGGUCAAGGAAUAUAUUAGGCCUAGUGCAUCACCGUGGGGAGCUCCUGUGUUGUUUGUUAAGGAGAAAGAUAAGAGUAUGGAAUUAUGCAUCGAUUUUAGGGAGCUAAACAUCAUCAAGAGCAAGUAUCUAUUGGAUCAAUUGAACUGGGCGAGUGUGUUAUCGAAGAAUGAUUUGUGUUUGAAGUAUCACCAAUUGAGGAUAGCUGAUAAAGAUAUACCUAAGACCUCAUUAGGACUCGUUAUUGUCAUUAUGGGUUUAGAGUAAUGUCUUUUGGGUUAACCAAUGCACCUGCCAUAAUUAUGGAUUUGAUGAAUAAGAUUUUCUACGAAUCCCGAAUUAAGUUCGUUAUUAUGUUACUGAUGGUAUCCUGAUUUAUUCAAGGAAUGAAAAGAGCAUAAUGAAAUCUUGAGGAUUACUUUGGAGACGCUUAGAUAGAAUCUAGUUUUAUGUGAAUGAAGUACACAAAUCUUGAAGUCAUGUGCGUAUAAGUGACACCGGUGGAAAAGUGAAGGACUAUAUUGAUCGAAAACCACGUUACGUAAGGGAGUAAAAUUAAGAGAAGAUUCGAGUGGUCCAGGAUUGUUAGAAAUUUGUUGUCUUGAAAAGAGGGGAAUAUAUGAAUUGGUGAAAUACUAGGAUUUAAGCCCAAGAGUUAUAAAUCCAUGAAAGGCGUAAUGAGGUUCAGUAGAAAAGGAAAGUUGAGCAGAAGGAGUGUCUGUAGAUCCUGCUAAGGUUCGAGCUGUGAGUGAGUGACCUACUCCAAAGAACGUGUCUAAUAUUUGAAGUUUCCUAGGCCUAUUUGACUGUUAUAAGAGGUUGUGAAGACUUUAGAAGAGAGCAAAACCAAUGGCAAACUUGUUGAAAAAGGAAUCAAAAUUUGAGUGAAGUGAGAAAAGUGAGGAAGCUUCUAGAUUUUAAAAGAGAAUUUGACCUCCGCAACUGUUGUCGCGUCAAUUGAAACCUUGUAAGCCUAAUUACCAAACCCAUGACCUAAAGUUAGCUGCUAUUGUGUUACCUGCGAAUAUUUGGAGACAUUACCUUUAUAGGGCAACACGUAAGAUCCUUACCGAGCACAAAAGUCUGAAACUUUGGCAAUAAGGCCCAGUUGAAUCUUGGGGACAACAUCGAAAAAUAUACUGCUUUCCACCCUGCAAUUGAUGGUCAGCCUGGGAGGACUAACCAAACUACGGAAUAUAUGUUGAGAGCCCGUGUUAUUGACUUUAAGAGUAACUGGGGAACCACCUAGAUUCGAUUGGAUUUCUUGAAAGAUAGUUACCAUACGAACAGUAAGAUGUCACAUGUUGAGGCAUUGUAUGGGAAAGAAGUGUAGAGGUUCCACUUGUUGGGAUGAUUUUAGUGAAAAUAUAGUAUUGGGGGCAGAAUUCGUUGAAGAAAGGAAAUACCCAAAGUUAUUCCCUGAGAUGAGUUACGAGGGCGUAACUCGUUUUCUUUAAGAGGGGUAGAAUACGAUAUAAAUUCGCGCUUUUUACCUAAUUUUAUGGUGUUUUUAUGCAUUUUUAUGCUUAUUUUAGCAAAUUAUUCAUGUCGAUGCAAGUAAAUAGAUUCUUCGCGUAACAAAUAGGUGUUCAUGAGUAAUUCAAGAAACUUUAAGUUGGCAAAAGAGUGUACAUAAAUGCCACAAGUAUUUCUCCAAUGAGAAUGAGUUGAAAAGUUUGGAAAGAUAGGUGAAUUUUCGUGUCAAGUUUCGGGACGAAACUUCUUUUAAGAGGGGUAGAUUGUAAUCCCCCGUAAUUUUAUACAUUGUUUAUAUUUUUUACGUAUAUUUAAUAUAUUUAAGUACAAUUUGCGGAUUUUAGAAAUGAAUAUGUAAUUAAAAUAUAAUUAUUUUAUCUCAUUUUGAAUACUUUAAUGACUUACGAAAUCAAAAUGUAUUUUCGAAUUUUACGUUAAAACGAAUUCGAAUUACGAAAAUCGAUUAAAUUUAGAAAACGAUCCUAUCCGAUUUUGGAUUCGAAUCCUAAAACUAAAUUCCUAAGUCUAGCCCAAUUGAAUAAAGCCCAAUAUUAUAAACCCAUAACCCCAUACUUCUACUCCAUGUAAAACACAAAACACAAAACACCAAACCCCUCUAUUCCUACUUCACGUAAAAACCAAAAAGGGCAAAACCCAUCUCUCUCCUUUCCUGCUUCCUCUUCCUCCCUCUGCCCAGCCGCCGACCACCACGAGCACGCCACCAAGGCCGCCAGACCACCUCGCCGCCACGUCGCUGACCACCAGCUCUCACCACCACCUUGCUCGCGCAGCCCCCGCGUCGCCACCCAGCCUGCGCCGCCGCUGCCUUGUCCCUGCUCGCCGCCACCGCAAGUAGCACCACCGUGUGCCGCCGUCUCUCAGCCCUGCCGCAAGCCACCUCUGUCCGCCAGCCAACUCUCUCUCCUCCUUCUUGAAUUGGUAACUUUCUUAAACCCUAAGUAACUAAUUAUUUUAAAUUAAAGUUUGUUAAUUUAGAUUAUGUUCUUAAAUUAAAUUUAUAAUUUUUAUGGUAAAUAUGAUUUUCAGAUUUGAUGUUGAGAUUAAAAACGAAUUAAUUUUCAGUUUUGAUUAAUUAAAAUUAAGAUUAGGGCUUAAUCAUAAUUUAUUAACUUGAAUUAUGUUUUCUUGAAUUAAAGUUAUGGGUUUUGUGAUUUAAAUUAUAAAUUUGAGAUUAUAUGGAUUUUAUAAUAAAGUUAUUAAUUUUCAGAUUAUCUAAUUACAUUGAAAUAUUGAUUUUUGAUUAUUUAAAGUAUGAAAUUCAAGGUUUUUAUGAUUAUUAAUCAUGAUGGGUUGAGUAUGGAUCAUUGAAUUGGUUGUGUUGAGAUACUAGGAACGUAGAUUGACCAUGGUGAAGCUUUUAAAUGAAAUUAUAUUGCUGAAAAUUUAAAGUACGAUGUUUGCAAAAGUUUUCAACGAAUUUCAAUCACUAAUUCAAUAAUCAUGAUUCUAGGAAAUCAAAUGUUUAAGUUUUGAUAUUGGGGAAAGUUCUAAAUAUGUUUAGGAUGCAUUUAGAAUGCUUUCUUAUGGUUGUCAAUGAUUAGGAAUUUAUUGGGAUUAU